UCCACGAACUUAAAAACAGUUCCUUUGUGCCAUUGAGCACCGCGCAGUGGUCGCUCGCUCGCUCGCUCACACUCAGUCCAGAGAGAGAGAGAGGCGCAUUGAGAGAGGGGAUGGUUCGAGUCGAGCAGUGAAGGUCGACGUUUCUCUCUGUGUAAUGAGAGAAGCCCCGGACCUCUUCUUCUCCAGUGGGGUGACGAUGAUGGGUCGUCAAGAAACGCGCCUGCAAAGCCCCGCUUCUCUCUUCGAUUCCCUCUACUGCUCCGAGGAGCCCUGGGAGGCCCAGGAGCAAGAGCUGGGCGACGGGGAUGACGCCGGACACGACCCCGCGACGUUCCUGGUGGACCAAGAUCUGUUCUGGGAGGACGAGGAGCUGACCCGCCUCACCUCCAGAGAGGGAGUGAACCCCCUGCGCCGGGAUCUCGCCACCGACCCCUGCCUCGCCGGGGCUCGGCGCGAGGCGGUGGGUUGGAUGAUGAAGGCGCACGCGCGCUGCGACUUCUCCGCCCUCACCGCCGUGCUCGCCGUCGACUACCUGGACAGGUUCUUGUUCGGGUUCGGCUCGCAGACGGAGAAGCCGUGGAUGACCCAGCUCACCGCCGUGGCCUGUCUCUCUCUAGCCGCCAAGGUGGAGGAGACCCAAGUCCCCCUGUUGUUAGACUUCCAGGUGGAGGAGAGCAAUUAUGUGUUUGAGGCCAAAACGAUACAGAGGAUGGAGCUUCUGGUGCUGUCCACGCUCGAGUGGAAGAUGAACCCAGUGACCCCACUUUCUUUUAUUGAUUAUUUCGCGAGGAGGCUCGGCUUGAAGGGCCAUCUGUGCUGGGAAUUCCUUUGGAGAUGCGAGCGGGUCCUGCUUGCUUCUCUCUCAGAUUGCAGGUCAACGAGCUAUCUUGCUUCUGUAAUGGCUACUGCCGUGAUACUUCAUGUGAUUAAUGGUCUAGACCCUUGUUUGGGACUGCAAUGCCAGAACCAGCUCUUGCCCAUUCUGGGAAUCGAAUCGGACAUGGUGGAUGAGUGCACUAAGCUAGUCUCGGAGCUGGCAAGGGCAAUUCGCGGACACCGAUCGAGCAAGCGCAAGUUCGGAUCGGUGCCCGGAAGCCCGGACGGAGUGGUGGACGUUUGCUUCAGUUCCGAUAGCUCGAAUGAUUCGUGGGCUGUCGCGGAAUCGGUCUCAUCUUCCCCUGAGCCUCUGUUGAAGAAGAGCAGGGCUGAGGAUCAACUUAGGCCAAACUCUGUUACUACUUAUUCAGAAAUUCUCCUCAUUCCUCACUAGUUCACUCUUUCCUAAUUUUGCCAAUUAUAAAGUAUUUUAACUCGUAAUAAUACACACUUCUUUCUCGUCACUCUUUUAUUCAUGCGCAAGUUAAAUUGCCUGACAAUGAAACAUCUCUUUGCUCUGUGAA